GCCCCGCGGGUGCGGGCUUGGCAGUGGGCGCUGCUUUAAGUGGGCCUGCCGGGUUUGACUUCAAAUUGGCUGCGGAGCUGGAACUGCGGCUCCCGCGGGCCUCGGCUGUGCGGCUCCGACUUCUUUCCCCGCCACGCGGCGGGCAGCGUGUCCCGAAGCCUCGGGCCGCUUCAGCUUACACAUGAGCAUGAGUCUUCUGAUGAUUAGUGAGAAUGUAAAGCUGGCUCGUGAGUAUGCAUUGCUGGGAAACUAUGACUCUGCUAUGGUCUAUUACCAGGGAGUUCUUGACCAAAUUAACAAGUAUCUAUACUCAGUCAAAGACACGUACCUCCAGCAGAAGUGGCAGCAGGUUUGGCAGGAAAUAAAUGUGGAAGCUAAGCAUGUUAAGGAUAUCAUGAAAACACUUGAGAGCUUUAAACUGGACAGCACUCCUUUGAAAGCUGCGCAGCAUGAGCUUCCAGCUUCUGAAGGAGAAGUCUGGUCCCUGCCUGUUCCUGUCGAACGACGACCCUCACCAGGACCUAGGAAACGCCAGUCCUCUCACUACAGUGACCCAAAACCACACAGUAACCGCCCAGGCACAGUUGUCAGAGUGCAUCGUCCAUCUGCACAGAAUCUUCACAAUGACAGAGGGAAAGUUGUUCGUAGUCGUGAAAAGAAAGACCAGAAUAAAGGAAGAGAGGAAAAGAACAAGUCACCUGCUGCAGUUACAGAACCAGAGGCAAAUAAAUUUGACAGCACUGGAUAUGACAAGGACUUAGUAGAAGCUUUGGAAAGAGAUAUAAUUUCUCAGAAUCCCAAUGUUCGGUGGGAUGAUAUUGCUGAUUUAGUAGAAGCUAAAAAGCUGCUUAAGGAAGCAGUGGUGUUACCAAUGUGGAUGCCAGAAUUCUUUAAGGGCAUUAGGAGACCGUGGAAAGGAGUACUGAUGGUCGGCCCACCUGGCACUGGGAAAACCCUCCUUGCUAAAGCAGUUGCUACAGAAUGCAAGACAACAUUCUUCAAUGUCUCCUCAUCAACCCUGACUUCCAAAUACAGAGGGGAGUCUGAGAAGCUUGUUCGUCUUCUGUUUGAAAUGGCUCGAUUUUACUCUCCAGCUACCAUCUUUAUUGAUGAGAUAGAUUCCAUUUGCAGCCGCCGAGGAACUUCUGAAGAGCAUGAAGCAAGCCGAAGGGUAAAAGCUGAGCUGCUGGUUCAAAUGGAUGGUGUUGGAGGUGCCUCAGAAAAUGAUGACCCUUCCAAAAUGGUUAUGGUUCUGGCAGCUACUAAUUUUCCCUGGGAUAUAGAUGAGGCUUUACGACGCCGUCUUGAGAAGAGAAUCUAUAUUCCUUUACCGUCAGCAAAAGGCAGGGAGGAACUGUUAAGAAUAAGUCUGCGAGAGCUGGAAUUGGCUGAUGACGUUAACCUUGCAAGCAUAGCAGAAAACAUGGAAGGUUACUCAGGUGCGGACAUUACCAAUGUGUGCAGGGACGCAUCCUUGAUGGCCAUGAGACGACGUAUUGAGGGUCUAACCCCAGAAGAAAUCCGAAACCUUUCAAGAGAAGAAAUGCAUAUGCCUACCACCAUGGAGGAUUUUGAAAUGGCUUUAAAGAAAGUUUCUAAGUCAGUAUCAGCGGCAGACAUUGAAAGAUAUGAGAAAUGGAUAGUUGAGUUUGGAUCAUGCUAGCUAAGUUCUCACAUGUAAACUGUGAGAAAUCUGCCUUAAGUCUUUGAAAAAUGAUUAAAUGUAGUAUUUCAUUGCAGUGAGUGCUGUAUUUUUUUAAACUUUCAUAAUGGUGU